UAUUUGAAAUAAUUUUUUUUUUUUGAACUAUUAAAAUGAUAAGUAAAUUUUUAGUAUUUAUUUUUCUAAUACUAUCAUGUUUCUAUAGUAUAAUUUCGAGUGAAAUAUAUCUCGAUUGCUAUUAUAAUAAGUAUAUAUUAUAUAAUUUGAACACAAAAGUUAUAUAUUUCAACAAAAUUGUAUCAGUAAAUACACCCAGCCAUGUUUUAAUCGAAAAAUUCGCUAGUGGUCUUCAAUUCUUGGGCCCAAUUGUAGUAGCAAUGCUUCAACAAAUAGAAGAUGAACAUCGUGUAAAAAGAAAUGAAAUAGAAAAAACAAUCAAGUCAUGGUCUACAAAUGCAUUCAAAAACUCGCAAGGAUUAUUGUUUACAAAUUUUUACUUGAAUAAUCUUUCCAAUACCUUACUAUUGCAAACAUAUCAAAAUGUAACAUAUCAAACUAGAGAAUUAAGUAAUCAUGAAAUUUUUAUAGAUGAAUUUAAGAAAAUUUAUCCAAAUUUAAUUGCACAACUAAAACAAAACGUUUUAGAUGCAUGUUAUGAAGGUAAUCAAAUAAAUUUCCCUGACAUUGUCAUUCGAAACGAAUUUAUAGAUGAAAAUGAAGUCAGUCAUAAGAUUAUUAAUAAUUUAUUACCUAAGAAGUUAUGGAUUGAAACUAUAUUUAUGGAAAAUAACAUCGAUGAAACAAUGAAUAGAGUUAGUGAUACUGAAAUCAAUUUAAGAUUUCAUUUUAAAAUUAAAAUCGAAGAUGAAAUAAUGAAAAAUACUUCCUAUCACCCUAUUGAAAUGUUGUUUUCCAGUUUAUUUGAUGUAAGUAAAAGAGAUAAAUUAAAUGAAAUAAUUGAUGUUCGGAUUAAUGAAAAAUUGGAAAAUGGUGAAUAUCCAAACAUGGCAGUAUUAUUUGACAUGAUUAAACACACAUUUGAUGUUGACUGUGUAGAAUCAUUCCAACGUCAAAUAGUAGCUGCAACAGUUUAUCCUGUUUACUACUGCGUUGCCAAAUUUACACUUUUAUUGAAAAAAAUAAUUUUCGGUAAUGAUACAAAUGAAAGUAAAGUAAUUUCAAGAGUCCAAAUUUUUGAAGUAAUGUUGAAAGAAGCAGCAGUGAAUAUUAAAAAUAUAAUUUAUCACAUGAGGAUAAAUUUACCAAAAAGUGUUGAAAAUCAUUUAAUCAAUACCAAUACGUUUUUUCAAGAUAUAAUAAAAUUAGCAAAUUCACAAAAUUUUUUAAAAUUAAAAUCUAAAAUGAUAGAUCAACUUUAUAAGAGAUGUUUUGAAGCUAUGGAAUUAAAUUUAAUUUAUUUCGACAUUGGAGUGGAUAACCCCAAUAUAUUCGAUGAAGAACAAUGCAAAAUAAUUUUAAGGGAGAUAAAUUCUAAAUCUAAGAGUAUAGAAACUGUCCUAGAAAGAUUAUAUGAAGAAGAACGUUGGACAUACUAUUAUUUUUCUCUAAAAUUACAAGUAUUCUCAUUUGAUGACACAUUAUCAAAGGAAUUAAAAUGUAAUAUUGUUCAAAGAAAUAAAGAAGGCUAUGAAAUAAUGGGGAAAAAAUGAAUUUUUCGGCAAUAUAUGUUAUGUAAUAAUUGAAGCACAGUAAUUUACUAUUUCUGUUAAAUAUUAAAAUGAUUACUAAUGUUAAAUUGUCCGUACAUUUAGCUGUUGUUACUUUUUUAAAAACCAAAAUUAUAAAAUUUGUUUAAACUCAUUAAUAUCUUAUAAAAUAAUUUUCUAUAAAAAAUUUGUUGUCUUUAUUAUAAUCCUCAGAACUUUUACUUU